ACAGAACAGCACGGCACAGGACAGGACAGCACGGCACAGGACAGCACGGCACAGCAGAGUGGCUGACUACUUGAAGGUGGCAGAUCUGGGUCUUCUCAUCCUGUGCCUCUUGCAAAAUAAAAGGAAGGGGAAAGAUAUCACUUGGAGUGUCUCUGAUAAGGUCGGAGAAGUGCUAGCAGUCCUGAUACAAGGAAGUGUCUUCAGCUGAAACCAAACUGGUUGCUCAUUUGCCAGUCGUAGAGGAGCAGAAACUAAUGUAAAGCAGGUGACCAUGCAGAAUGCGGUUCAGGUGUGGUUUGGAGAUGAGCUUCCCUUGAGCCCCCGAAGUCCUCUGACUCCGAGACAUGGGCCGGGUUUGGCAGAUGUGUGCCUGUACGACCAAUGGAUAUCUGUGCGGCAUGAAGCCACUUUGGUGCCUAUGCAAGAGGAUCUCUCAAUCUGGCUCUCUGGCUUGCUGGGAAUGGAAGUCAAAGCAGAACAACUGCUAGAAGAACUUGAUAAUGGGGUACUGCUUUGCCAACUGGUUGAUGUUCUUCAAAACACAGUUAAAAAAUGUUGUAGCACAAAUAACUUAAGGAAUUUUCCUAUGAGAAAAGUUCCAUGUAAGAAGGAUGCUCCAUCAGGAUCUUUUUUUGCAAGAGAUAAUACAGCCAACUUUCUUAAGUGGUGUAGAGCCAUUGGAGUUGAUGAGACAUACCUCUUUGAAUCUGAAGGCUUAGUGUUGCACAAGGAUCCAAGACAAGUGUAUCUUUGUCUGCUGGAAAUUGGGCGCAUUGUAUCCGGGUAUGGAGUUGAACCUCCUGUACUUGUAAAACUAGAGAAGGAAAUUGAGCUAGAAGAAACCCUGCUGAUGAACUCUGGGCCACCAUCACCUCCUAGCACACCAAAGUCAUGUUGUCACCAUGGGGAGCUACACGAGGCAGUAAAACAUAUAGCAGAAGAUCCUCCCUGCAGUUGUUCCCAUCGAUUUUCAAUUGAAUACUUAUCAGAGGGACGUUAUAGGCUGGGAGAUAAAAUACUCUUCAUAAGAAUGCUGCAUGGCAAGCAUGUGAUGGUACGUGUUGGUGGAGGCUGGGACACUCUUCAAGGUUUUCUGCUCAAAUAUGAUCCAUGCCGAGUGCUUCAGUUUGCAACUCUGGAACAAAAAAUCCUGGCAUUUCAGAAAGGGGUCACCAGUGACAGUGUCCCCAGCUUGUCAGCUAGAAAUCAGGAGCCUCCUCUUAUGAAUCCAAUGUCAGCUGUCAAUAUGUUUCAAAAGCAGCCAUCAAAAUCUCCUGCUCCUGUUUUAGGUCUUGGGGCCAGUGCCAAGAAGGCUUUAUCUAAAUGUCCUCAGUCCCCUGCCCUGGCAUCACCAAGAGUGCCUGUUACCCCAUCUUCCACUGCCAAGUCAUCAACAGUCAGGUCUAAAUUACAAGGAUCCUCAGCAACAGGUGUGCAGUCUUCUUUCAAACCAUUAGCUGGCACCUCGAAGAAACGGGAGUCUCCUGCAUGCAACUCACCAGCUUCUGCUCUUUCACAGCCUGGAAGCAAAAGUUCUUCAGGUGCAGGAUCAAGAACAGCUCUUGUUCCCUCUGAAACGCUGCGCAAACGUAUUCGGUCCCCUGAUACUGCCAAGGUGAAAUUUGCCCUGCCUCGGGGCUCCCCAGCACCAGCAGCCCAUCCUGUCCUCUCACCCUCUAAAAAACAACCAUCUCUCUUGUCUGGGACAGCUGGAACAACGACUUCAAAACAGAAGUGUGUCCCUGCUAAAUGCAAACCUGUACCUGCCACUAAAACCAAAGCGAAUUUGGUCGCUUCCAGGGCUGCUCGGCUGCCGGUUACAAAUCUGCGCACUGUUGCCAAGUUUGCACAUUCUCAGCAACUCCUUGCAAAACCUCUUGAAAAUGAUAUUCAGAUCUCAGGUGCUGGGUCUCAGCAUCCUCAGAAAGCCCCACAAACAAGUUCUCAUCUUGCAAGGAACUUGAAAACUGCUUCCGAGCUAAAACUUUCUGCUUCUGCACCCUCCCUUGCAUUAAGCAAAGCAUCAAAGUCACCACCUCCAUUGUUACCUACAAGCAAAAAUGUGUCAUCAGCAGGCAGCAAGCAGCCAAAUGCCAGUAAUCCCCCUCAGGUUGGACCCUCUUUAUCCAAACCUGCUGAACGCACACCUUUGUCUGUUGUAAGGCUUCCUCAAACUUCAGCCAAAGCAGCAGUGACCAAAAAGCCAGCACAGCCUUCCACAAAAGGUCAGCAUUCAACCAAAAACUUGCAAACAAACAAAAGCUUGGCCCUAGCAGCCAAGAAGCCACUCCCAAAGGAGCAGGCAUAUAACAAAGGAACACCUGGUGUGUCAAAAGUUCCUCCUCCGAAGAGUAGGCAAGAUGAUCACUAUUUUGUCAUGACAGGGACUAAAAAGCCCAGAAAGUAAACUAAUUUGUUACUUUCUGUGGAAGUCUGUGUUGUUCAAAAGGGCCUCUUGUAACUACUACUCUGAGGACAAGGAAAAAAGUUAAAUAACACUACAUUUGAUAUGAAAUAUUAAGUAUAACCUGCCUUUUGCUGCCUAACUUACUGUAAGAACGGUGUUUAUUUUGCGGUUUAGAAACGUCUAUUUGGACAUGUUUAGAAGUGAGCUUGCUUGCUGUGUAGCACUGUGGAAUGGCAAAUAUCCAUGAUCUGCUGCAGAAAAGUGUGGGAGAAGAAAGGGGAAUUAAGGCUGAAGCUUUUGCAGCAGAACUCUGGUGGUUCUGGCACAUCUGCAUUGAGGUGUGUGGCAAGCAACAGAGCUGUGCACAAGCUGUAAAAUUUCUAAUACCUCAAACAAAACUGUGGGUUUUGUUCACUGGUAUCCCAGAACCCAAAUCUGGGUCAUGUAUUUUGGAAAAAAGAAAUUUCUAGUCUUAUUUAGAUUUGACAGAUGCUGUUGUCAGUGUUCACUGUGCCUCCCCCCCCAGUAUGCCUUAAAGUGGAUUCAGCUCACUUGGAAGUGGAGCUUGGUUUCUUUUAAGCUGGACACCAAUAAUCAUGGCCUUGAUUGCUCACUUUCAUUGUGCCUUUGCCUCUCAAAUUCAGAACAGAACUCUUCAGUGAGCAAUGCUACCUUUAAAAACCAGGGCAGAUAACCUUGCUUGGUCCAUGUUCAAAUCUGACUAGCUUUCCUAGCAAGCUCUUGCUGCAUGGAGAGAAAGUAGUUUCCCAAAGAGGAAUACGGUCUGCAUUUGCCUUUAAAUAUCUUAAAGUGCCAGGAAGCUAUGCAGUGUUUAUACCCAGCUCCUGAAGUCUUUCCAUGGGUUAAACAUUUGUGAUGCUGUACACCUUUACCCUUGAGAAGUGAGCUUCAUGGUAGAUUGAAAACUACUGCCUUUGGGAGUAGUGCUGUUUGGGUUAUUUUGGGGUUAAUGAACAGUUGUCCCUACAGACGCUGAGGAGCUCCGAAGGUCUUUGAAGACACACUGAUGGUUUCCAUAGACCAUCACUUCUGCCCUCCAUUCCCAGUCUAUUUACAGGCAGGAGUGGGUGUCACUGCCAUAGAGGCUUCUAGAUUGUGGAACACAGAAGUCUUUUUUAAAAGGAGAAGAGUUCCAUGGAAUACGUAGUUUCUGUUGU